AUGAAAGUUCUAUGUUUUGCUUGGUGGGCUAGAUUGGGUCGAAUCCCAACUUUGUUGGCCCUUAGCCGCAGGAAUGUUAAGGUAGACUCCCAAUGGUGCAGUGCAUAUAUCUCGAGGUUAGAAACUUCCGACCAUCUCCUAUUGGACUGCCCAUUUGCGGAUCAUGUGUGGAGGAGUCUGGAGAUGUGGUGCGACAUUGGGAAGAUAAACGCCAAUUCAGUUAGAGGAAUUAUUGAUGAGGGUGUCAGAUUGAAGAUGAGUUCCAAUCGCAAGAAGAAGGCUCUGUUCUCGAUCCUCUAUGGUGCUCUGUGGGCUAUUUGGCGUGCCAUGAAUGAUAGAAUCUUCAAUGACGGUAUUGUUGAUCCGAUUAAGGUUGUCGAUUCGAUUAAGUCUAUGAUAUUUCUGUGGGUUAAACAUAGAUAUGGCAGCAACACAAACCACCGUCAACAGUCGGAAACGCCACAAAACUCCUGCGAAAUGAGCUCAAUUGAGCGCCCGGAGGGGCUUCCUUCCAGCUGGACCAUAGAAGUCAAAGGUUCAGAGGAAGAGAAACGUGAGUGUUACAUUGAUCCUGAAACUGGACGAGAGUUUCAUUCAAUGCUGGAGGUUUCUGACUAUCUUAACACCAUCAACAGCAGCAAAGCCACUGAGACAACAGGAGAUAAAGAUAAACCCUCUUCAGAAACAGUUAUUCCCGAGAAGUCUGAAGCUGCUGACGUGGCAGCAGAAGACAUCUCUGAAAAGAAUCAAGAAACCAGCGAAAAGAGCAAUGAGAAGAAUGCUGUCUCGGCCUCGGGGACUCAAGUGGAUGGGUUGCCCCCAGGUUGGAUAAAAGAAGUCGUAAUUAGGACUGCUAAAGGCCGCACCACAAGAAAAGAUCCGUAUUACCUAGACCCUUCAAGUGACUAUGCCUUUAUGUCCAAAUUGGAUGCUUUACGUUAUCUGGAAACUGGAGACAUAGAGAAAUGUGCAAUGAAACCAAGGAAAAAGAGUGAUAUUAUGAUGAAAUUAGCGAAUACACCAACCAAGACACAAAGUGCAAAUAAAAAGUCAACAAAGAGAAGCAACGAGACAAAAAAGUCAACAUCCACUCCACCUUCUCUAGCAUCAAAAAGGCUCAAAACAAGUGAAACUGUCGAACCACAGUCUGAGGAGCAACCAGAAAAAGAGAAAAAUGAAGGUGGUGAUGGUGUGGAAGAUGAUACCGAACAAGUCAAAGGUAAAGAGUCAAAUGUUGAAAAGUCAACUAACGAUGAAAAGACGGAAAUACCCCUGACUGUUAAUGGUGAUGUACCGAUUGAAGUUCCGGAAAUACCCAUGACUGCUGAGGAACAAAGUGUUGGAAUUGAGGAGAGGAAGAAUGAAGGUGCUAAUGAGGUUUGUUUUGUGGAGUAA